UUUUGAUGCGGUGGGGUUUUGGUGUUUAGAGGGGAUUUGGAAGGGAUUGGAGGAGGGAGAGGGGUUUGGUUUGGGGGAAUGUGACUAGGGUUUGGGCCGUAGUUGGGAGUAAGAGGAGGAGGAGAGGGGGAUUUGGCUCAUUGAUGCUCGGCCGCGGCGGAGGCGGAGCCGGAGGAGGAGGCGGAGGGGCGUGUCAAUGGCGGCGGCGGAUCUCGGCCGGGCGGGGCCGGUCGAGAGGGAUGUUGAGCAGGCCAUCACUGCUCUUAAAAAGGGAGCAUACUUACUCAAGUACGGGCGCCGAGGCAAGCCAAAAUUUUGUCCAUUCAGGCUGUCCAAUGAUGAAUCUGUGCUAAUAUGGUUCUCAGGCAAAGAGGAGAAACACCUCAAGUUGAGUCAUGUAUCCAGAAUAAUUCCUGGACAACGAACUGCAAUAUUUCAGAGGUAUCCACGGCCUGAGAAAGAGUGUCAAUCAUUUUCUCUCAUCUACAAUGAUGGCUCAUUGGAUCUUAUCUGCAAAGAUAAAGAUGAAGCUGAAGUUUGGUUUGCUGGUUUAAAGACAUUGAUUUCACGAACCCAGCACCGAAAAUUGAGAACAGAAUCAAGAAGUGAUGGAAUAUCGUCAGGCACAACCAGCCCAAGAACAUAUACACGUAGAAGUUCACCUUUAAGCUCUCCUUUCAGCAGCAACGAUAGCUUUCAGAAGGAUGGCAGUGAAAAUUUUCGCAUUCGAAGUCCGUAUGGUAGUCCACCAAAGAAUGGUACAGAGAAGCCCUUUCCCGAUGUUAUAUUAUAUGCUCCUCCUCCGAAGGGCUUCUUUCCUUCAGAUUCGACUUCUGGCUCCGUCCGUUCUGCGUCUUCCGGGUACUCUGAUAACGUUAAUGGGCAUUCAAGAGGCAUAACAAUGGAUGGCUACAGGGUAAGUCUGUCAAGUGCCGUUAGCUCAUCAAGCCAAGGCUCUGGUCAUGAUGAAGGUGAUGCUUUAGGAGAUGUUUUCAUAUGGGGGGAAGGUACUGGGGAAGGGCUUUUGGGCGGUGGAAACAAUAGACUUGGAAGCUGUUCCGGUCCCAAGAUGGACUUUCUUAUGCCAAAAGCAUUUGAAUCAGCUGUUAUUCUUGAUGUUCAGACUAUUGCUUGUGGUGGGAGGCAUGCUGCGCUUGUGACGAAGCAAGGAGAGGUCUAUUCUUGGGGGGAGGAAUCAGGGGGCCGGCUAGGACAUGGUAUGGAUUCUGAUGCCUCGCAUCCGAAACUCGUUGAUGCUCUUGCUAAUACAAACAUUGAAUUGCUAGCUUGUGGGGAGUAUCACACUUGUGCUGUUACACUCUCUGGAGAAUUGUACACAUGGGGAGAUGGUACUUUCAAUCUUGGGCUUCUUGGUCAUGGAAAUCAAGUGAGCCACUGGGCCCCUAAAAGGGUUAAUGGGCCUCUGGAGGGCCUACAUGUUUCAUCAAUCUCUUGUGGGCCGUGGCAUACUGCUGUUGUAACUUCUGCUGGGCAGCUGUUUACCUUUGGAGAUGGGACUUUUGGUGCCCUAGGUCAUGGAGACCGCAAAAGUUCUUUAAUUCCUAGGGAAGUAGAAUCUCUAAGAGGGCUUCGUACAGUGCGAGCUGCUUGUGGGGUUUGGCAUACUGCUGCGGUUGUAGAGGUUAUGGUUGGAAGUUCGAAUUUGAGCAAUUGUUCUUCUGGUAAGAUCUUCACAUGGGGCGAUGGUGAUAAAGGCCGUCUAGGUCAUGGCGACAGAGAACCAAGACUCGUACCAACCUGUGUGGCUGCUUUGGUUGAGCCAAAUUUUUGCCAAGUGGCUUGCGGCCAUAGCCUGACCGUAGCCCUUACAACAUCUGGCCAUGUCUUUACAAUGGGUAGCAACGUCUAUGGUCAGCUUGGAAAUCCUCAAGCGGACGGUAAACUUCCCGUUUUAGUUGAGGGAAAGCUUUUCAGAAACUUUGUGGAGGAGAUUUCUUGUGGGGCCUAUCAUGUUGCAGUUUUGACUUCAAGGACUGAAGUUUAUACAUGGGGCAAAGGAGCAAAUGGCCGAUUAGGGCAUGGCGACACUGACGAUCGGAACUCACCGACGUUGGUUGAAGCUUUGAAAGAUAAACAAGUCAGAAGUGUUGUUUGCGGGACUAAUUUUACUGCAGCAAUCUGCAUUCAUAAAUGGGUUUCUGGUGUUGAUCAGUCUAUGUGCUCGGGCUGCCGCUUGCCUUUUAAUUUUAAGAGGAAACGCCAUAAUUGCUAUAAUUGUGCCCUAGUGUUUUGUCAUUCUUGCAGCAGUAAAAAGUCUCUUAGGGCUUCGAUGUCACCAAACCCUAACAAGCCCUAUCGCGUCUGUGACAACUGUUAUAACAGGCUAAAUAGGGCUUCAGAAAUCAAUUCCUUAGCUAACAGGAAAGGAAAUGUAAUACAAGGGUUUGGUGACGUGAUUGAGAAGGAAGAGAAACCGGACCUCAGAUCAAAUGUGCAAAUUUCUAGAUUGUCUUCAAUGGAGUCCUUUAAGCAUGCCGAUAGUAAAUCUUUGAAGAAAAACAAGAAAUUUGAGUUUAAUAGUCCGGUCCCCAAUGGAAAUUCCCAUUGGGGUGGACUUACUAUUUCGAAAUCUUUCAAUCCUGUAUUUGGAACUUCGAAAAAGUUUUUCUCAGCUUCUGUUCCUGGAUCAAGAAUUGUUUCUAGGGCAACAUCGCCUAUAUCAAGAAGGGCGAGCCCGCCUCGUUCAACAACACCAACGCCAACUCUUGGGGGACUAACUUCUUGGAAGGUUGUUGCGGAUGAUACGAAAAUGACAAAUGAUAGCCUAAGUCAAGAGGUUCUUACAUUGAGAGCUCAGGUGGAGAGUCUUACUCGGAAGUUGCAACUUCAAGAAGCUGAGUUGGAAAGGACAACUAAACAGUUGAAGGAGGCUGUUGCUAUUGCAGGGGAAGAAACUGCAAAGUGCAAAGCAGCAAAAGAAGUUAUCAAAUCACUCACUGCACAGUUGAAGGGCAUGGCCGAACGGCUUCCUGUGGGAGCUACCAAGAACAAUGGCAGACUACCUCCUGUAGCACCCAUCUUGACAAGUGAAACAGCAUCCACAGGCAUUGAUUUUGUGAACAGCCCACUAAAUUCAAGUGAACCAGAUUCAAAUGGUUCUAACGGUUUUCCAUUCACACAUGGAGCAAGUUCCAUCAGCAAUCUCCGGAGAGGUUCUUCCGAUGUGGUGAAGAAUGGAAGCAAAGUCACCGAUGCGGAUGGUAAUAACGAACCCGAAUGGGUUGAGCAAUAUGAACCUGGGGUUUAUAUUACCCUCGGUUCUUUGCCUGGGGGUGCUAGAGAACUCAGACGGGUUCGCUUCAGUCGAAAGCGGUUCAGUGAAAGACAAGCAGAGCAAUGGUGGGCGGAGAACCGCGCGUGGGUAUACGAGAAGUACAAUAUCCGCAUUGUCGAUAAAUCCACCGCCAGUAUCGGCAAUGAUGAAGCAUCUCAUUAAUAUUAGAUGUGACUUAAAAAUAAUUUACGAAUUACUAAUUUAGAGCCAGGCCCCAAUCGUGAAAGACGCUUUCGUCCGGUUGGUAUGAUGGCAAUAGUUUUAUUUAGCCCCAUUAGAAAAGUAAACAAAAAUUCAGGGCCUCUGCAACUAAGAGUUCUUGGUUGGUAUUUUACACAAUAAUUUCUUUUUUUUAAAAAAAAAAUAUUUCGGGUUCUCUCUCUUCUUUUUGUGUGAGAAAAUCGAGCGAAUCUUAGCUUGAGGAAUGUAAAUUCCUAGUGGCAGAUGGCUAAUUUUUAGUCUUGUAAAUGUAUAAGCGAAUGAGACAGCUAUCUUUUUCUAGUUCCUUUUCGUUUUAUUUAUAAUUUGAUAAAUGUAAAGCGUCAAGCGCGAAUUGAAUGGUGGGAGUAAAGAUGCCAAAAAUCCUCUUUUAGUUGAGAUCUAAUUGAAUAGCUGCUGUACAAAAUGAGUUUCUAUUUGUUGCUUUAAAA